GGGCGGGGUAGAUCACGUGCGGUCUGGGUGGGAAGUGAUGUCAUCGUGCUAGGCGGCGGUAGAGCGAGAGGGAAGCAGCUGCUGCUACUGCGGGGGAAGCGGCGCCAGGAUUCUCCCGGCACCUUGCUGCUCUUCUUCGUCCAUCACUGUUUAGGCCACCAUGGUGACUUACCACAUCCGUGAGUACCGUGCAGAGGACUAUGAGACGGUCCGGGACUUGUUUGCCACGGGGAUGAGUGAGUAUGUGCCCACUCUGUGCGUGCACAUGCUGAAGCAGCCUUGGUUGGUCCUAGUUCUGGCCUGCACCUUCUGCCUGCUCCUCACCAGCUCCAAAUCGCUCCUCUUGCCCAUCCUCGCUGUUACCCUUCUGCUAGCCACGGGCCGGCAGCUGCUAGGCUACAUCUGGUCCAUGUACAUCGACCACUGUUUGAAGGAAGACCUGCUGGAUAUCCAGGCCACCUACCAGAGUAACAAAGGCUCUGGUUUCUGGGUGGCUGAGGUGGACGACAGCGUGGUGGCCACUGUGGGUGCCAGGCCUUCUGAGGAACACCAGGAAGAGCUCAUGCUGAAGCGCAUGUCAGUGCGGAAAGAUUACCGCGGCUUCGGCAUCGCCAAAGCCCUCUGCAGGACAGUGAUCUCUUUUGCCCGAGAGCGGGGCUACCGGUCAGUGGUGCUGAACACCCUCAUGGUGCAGCAUGAGGCUCGGGCCAUGUACGAGGAUGUUGGCUUCUCCAUGUACCACCGUUAUAUCCUACCCACCAUCUACGGCAGGUUGGCGAACUGUACCGUUUCCAAAUACCGAUACGAUAUCCCUUCUGUAGACUGAGGAGGGAAUCGGGGCAUGGUCCGGGAUCGUUGGCUGGAUCUGGAAUCUCACCUCAUUUGCCCCUUGGGCGUUUGGUGCUGUGGGUUACAUAGAAUGAAGAAAAUGGGCAAUAGUUGGUUUUGCUGCUGAACAAAGGGAUGUCUCGCUGCUUUGGUACUUGGUUCCGGUACAGGUUGUUGCAAAGGGCCCUCAGUGGACACUGGCCCAAGGAAUUCUGAUGAUGAAGGAAGCUGAUGAGUGUGUUCAGAAGGUCCCUUUCCUUUCCCCCUUCUAAUAUGUUUUCAAGAUAGUGGGAACGCUGAUUUUAAAGGGGGUGCAGCUUAACGGAUGAUGUUUUCAGUGGCUCCGAAAGUGGUCUUCUCCACUGGUCUUGGAUGUUCUCGUCUGGCCUCAUGUCAGUGACCCUAAAUUCACCCCUAGGCUGUUUUGCCUUGUUUCUUGAGCGAACAAUGCUUCCUGAUACGUGUGGCACAUGAUUGGCCCAGAGUGCCAGUAGAGACUGCUGCUAACUUCACCACGGGCAGUUUUCUUUUGGAAUAUCUAGAGGCCUUUUCAUCACAUUGCCUUGAUGCAGAGAUUUCUAUUUGCUUCCUCAGGGUGUGCAGCACGUGGAUCGAUAUGUUUUAAAAACCAUGUGGAUCAAUAUGUUUAUAAGAACAUUCUUGGGCAGAAGAAUUUGAAAGACGUCUCCCCAGCAACCUUUCCCUGUCAAUACUGAGCACAGAAACUGGUCCUGAACUUCUCACAAGAACAUCAAAAAAUCCCCACCUGGAGGUUGAUGGACCUCAGUCCGUCAUCCCAUUUCCCACACUGCCUUACCACCCAGAUGCUUCCAGGAAGCCUACCAGCAGCAUAUGAAGACAGAAGCCCUCUUCCCUGCCCCUGCAACUGGUAUUCAGUGGUAUACUGUUUCUGCAUCUGGAGGUUUCCCUUAACUACUAAGGCCAGCUGCACUCCAUGAAUGGGUCCAGUCUCUGUUUAAAAGCUGUACACACUAGUGGAUGUCACAACAUCUUGUGGUAGCAAAUCCCAUAAAUGAACUCUGUUCUGUGUAAAGAAGUACUCUUUCUUAAUCUGUCCUACAUCUACGGUUGGUUUAUAAACUAAAAUGUAGAUUUGGAAAUGUUUAAAAUUGGUCAAAUUUUAACAUGACUCUUAAUGCAUCUCCAGAGUGGUGCAGUUGACCUCAUGCCCUUAAAUCAAUGCUUACUGGUCAGUCCCCUGAUAAAAUGCCACUAGUUGUGCAGCCCAUAAUAAUAGCUAAAUUGCCCACCCUUAUUCCAGGUAGGUCCUCCUAAUCUAAUUGGCUAGAAUAGAAAGUGUGGGAAGCAAACUGGGCUGUAUAUUUAAGCUGCUUGCGCAGUAGAAAGUGAGAGUUCCAGCAGACUAACUGUUGCAGUUCUGGCAAAGCCGCUGAGCAAGUUUAGGCCUUGCCUUUUACGAAUUAUUAUUGUUAUUACAAAAUAUGUAUAUGCAGCUUUUCAGCAAAAAGGUUCACAAAGUGGUUUUCUUGUCUGAAAAGGGGCUCACAGUCUAAAAAGAAAGAAAAGCUACAUACCAGUAACAGUCAAUGGAGGGAUGCUCUGUUGGGAGGUAUAGGGCCUGGCUCUCCCUCUGCUAAAUCUGAGAGCCAUCACUUUGAAAUGUGCCUUUUGCUCUGUGAACAGAAGUAAUUCCAAACAGUGUGCUACCAAAGGGCCUGGAGAUGCUCCCCUGUCCUGAAGGGGCUCCCACACACAGUUCAGAAAGAAGCAUGCAGGAGAUACCAGAAGCCGCCUCUGGGGGGGCUGCUCUUCUGGGCUGAAUAGGGGCCGUUGAUCUCCCCCUGCUGGAUAUCCGAGCCAUCACUUUAAAAGGUGCCUCUUUUACCAGCUAUCAGGGGCUAAGCCAGAGCUGUGCAACUCAAAUACCCUGAUGGGCCAGCCGUGACUUGGUGUGCAGCAGCCGAGGUGAUUUUUUAGAGCAUUAAUUGUUUCAUUUAAGUGAAUUAUUAACAAAAGCAAUUAUUAACUACCCCUGCAGCAAACUCCCCUGCCAUGUACUUUCAAAGCUAGCAAAGGUUGUUUUUAAAAUAAAUAACCUUUCAGAUAGUAGGGGCUGCUCCCCACCAGGGCCCUGGAACGAGGCAGCAUUUUGCACCUCAGACACCACGAGUCCUUCGGCCAUGCCUGGGUCCAGCAAACAAGUCCCCAUGGGCUGAAUCCGGCUUCUGAUGAGCCUUCUGUUGUGCAGGCCAGAACCCGGCUGUGCUACCCUCCUAGACCUCUUUCUGACAGCAACAAGGCUUUUGUGUGGAGGGGAGAGAAACAAUGGUGGCUUCCCAGUCUCCCUCUCCACACACUGCCCUGCCCAUCAAGCCUGCAGGGCCGCUACGACAGAUCAUUCCCCAUUAUGAUUAUUAUUUUAAAAUAGCUAAGCAACAUAACAAGAGGUAAUACACGGAUAUUCAUAUCCAGUUACGUCUUUAAUACCAGCAAACUCUUCUAGGGGAGCAUAGGAAGCUGCCUUCUACCGAGUCAGACUCUUGGUCCAUCUAGCUCAGUAUUGUCUACACAGACUGGCAGCGGCUUCUCCAAGGUUGCAGGCAGGAAUCUCUCUCAGCUCUAUCUUGAAGAUGCUGCCAGGGAAGGAACUUGGAACCUUCUGCAUGCAAGCAUGCAGAUGCUCUUCCCAGAGCGGCCCCAUCCCUUAAGGUGGAUAUCUUAAUGCUCACACAUCUCCCAUUUAAUGCAAACCAGGGUGGACCCUGCUUAGCAAAGGGGGCAAUUCAUGCUUGCUACCACAAGACCAGCUGUUUUUGAACCAAUUCACAUUCCCAUCAAACGGUGGGGUGGGGGUUUGCAUUUCCAACAUAUUUCAUUAGCAAAUAUAUUGUUUGAAAUCUAAUGCAGGUGUAACACCACCCGUAAAGUAUCAUAUUAAAAAUACCAUUGUAUUGUGUUACAUCCCUGAAAUCAUUCCACUGAGCUCCUGGAAAUGCCUGCAUAACGGCUCUAAGGCCUUCCUUUUCAAGGAAACAAGCUGCAGAAACCAGAGCAGUAACAAGCGCAGAAAGCCAGGAGUGUGGCAGCUAUCCCUUGUAUUGUAAUGUGUCUGAGAUGUGUUCAAAGAAGUGAUGGAUGUGCAUUCACUGCACUGAACUCCUGGUUCUUGGGUAGCAAGUCUGUUCCCUUGGGGCCACCGUAGGGGAUCUGGGGCCUUGUAUUCAAGCCCUGCUUGAGGGCUUACUGUGGAGGCAUCAGGCUGAGAAAUGGAAAGCUGGGCUGGAUGCACUUUUGAUCUGUCCAGCAGGAUUGCUCUCAUGUUCUUCACCCUGAAUUCAGUGGUCCCUCUAAUUUUUUUCCAUCUCUGUGUGGAAUGAGUUUUGUUCUGGGCAGCAGGAUCAAGGCAUUGUGUGCACAUGUGCAUUCAGAGUGGGGCCUUCCCGAUUCAACCUGAGCGGGAUCUAAAAUGAACUGAGCGGACAUCAGAAAAUUUGUGAGCGCGUGCAUGUGCGCACGCUUUAGAGGGAACAGUACCUGAAUUCUAAUAUUCUAGGAAACAGCCUUCCAGGAGGAGACCGCUGCCUGCCGAGCUCAGCGUUGUCUACACUGACUGGCAGCGGCUCAGCCACUGAGCCACAUCCCAGUUAGGGUAGGAAAAACUACUCUCUGCACUGUGCAUAAUUUUAUAAGCUUUUGUGAUAUUCUGCCUUAGUAUUUUUUCCCUCCUCCUCCUAAGCUAAGAGCUCCAGACCUUUCAUCCUUUCCUGACAGGGAAGAUUCUUCAGCUGCCCGAUCAUGAUGGUUGCUCCGCUUCUGCAUCUCCCUUGAUCAUGAGCUGGGAGAAGGCGGUCUAGGCAUCACACUCUCCCGGAGCUCUCCGUGAGAAAAAAUAUUCCCUGAGAUGGAAUCUGUUUUAGAAAAACUCACUUGGUACCUACUUGGAUGUCUUUUCGACAUCGUCGGCCAGAUGAAGGCUUCUUUUUGUUUCCCCAGAUAUCCCAGCAUGCUGUGUGCGUGGAUUUUGUCUGUCUGUCUGUCUUGCUCGAUUGUAUGGCCUGAACCAGCUUCUGGUACUCCUGUGUUUGAAUGAAGAGUUUUCCUGCCUUGGUGCCAUUUCUGUCCCAGCCACUGUCCUCACAACAACUCUGAAGGGAGGUGAGGCGAAGAGAGAGUGACUGGCUCAAGGUCACCCCGCCGGGUUUGAAGUGGCGUCUUCCUACUCCAACACUCUUAUUACACCACAGUGGCUCUCUCUGGUCUUACUAUACAUUCCCCCGCAGAGCCUUGUUUGGGAAAGCGGACGGCACAGUUGGACCCAAGUCUCCAGGGUGCUCUUGAGCAACUCCUGCAUGUUUCUGGGGCAGGGGGGUGGAGCUGCAUUGGGAAUGUCCCCCCUGGACUGCCCAUUCUCACGUCACUCUCCAAAGCUUGAGUCUCGCCUCGCUGCGUGGUCCAUGAAUGUGUGACUACUGUGUGCAUCCGUGCUGUGGAACUUUGGGGAAAUAAAUUAUUCAUUAUCUUCCAAGGAA